AUGCAAUCCUAUGCAAAGUUCUUAAACGAGAUCUUAUCCAACAAAAGUUGGCUUAAGGAGUAUGAGACAGUAGUAUUAACUAAGGAGUGUAGUGCAAUUCUUCAAAAUAAGCUUCCUCCAAAGCUUAAAGAUCGGAGUAGUUUCUCCAUUCCUUAUUCUAUUAGCAAAUUAAAUAUUGAUAGGGCUAUUUGUGAUAUUGGUGCUAGUGUGAGCUUAAUGCCUUUAUUAAAAUGUGAGAAGCUAAAAUUGGGAGAGCUUAAACCAACCACCAUCUCUCUACAAUUGGUAGAUAGAUCAAUAAAGUACCCUAUAGUGAUUAUCGAAAAUAUUCAACUUAAGGUUGGUAAGUUCUUUAUCCCGGUUGAUUUUAUGGUGAUUGAUAUGGAGGAGAAUGUGAAAAUCCAGAUCAUAUUGGGAAGGCAUUUCUUAGUAACUAUUGGAGCUAAUAUUGAUAUGAAAAAUGGGAGGUUGACAUUCAAUGUGGGAGAGGAGGAAAUAGAAUUCAAUCUAUUUGAUACUCCUAAUCAAAUAGUUGUAGUAAACUCUUGCUUUAGAUUUGAUGUGAUAGAAAAUGGUAAAGAAAUUGUGCCAAACUCAACUUUAUCACCUCUCUCUAAUAGGAGUAAAGCCCCAAAUGUGAAUCUUAAGUCUCCUCCACUUAAAUGUAAAGAGUUAUAA